UGAAGUUUCACUGAGUGGGACAGAGAUAGCCUGAAGGGGACUUGCUGGCUUAACGUCCAGGAUAGUCGCUGUGAAGUCAACAUCAAUGGUGCUACACUGAAAUCUGAAUGCUGUGCUACCUUAGGAGCAGCUUGGGGCAGCCCAUGUGAGCGCUGUGAAUUAGACACAGCUUGCUCAAGAGGAUUUGCCAGAGUUAAGGGUGUUACCUGUGAAGAUGUAAAUGAGUGUGAUGUUUUCCCGGGGGUUUGUCCCAAUGGGCGAUGUGUUAACAGCAGAGGCUCAUUUCACUGCGAGUGCCCUGAAGGACUGACACUGGAUGGAACAGGGCGAGUGUGUUUAGAUAUCCGCAUGGAGCAAUGCUACUUGAAAUGGGAUGAAGAUGAGUGCAUUCAGUCUGUGCCUGGCAAGUUUCGUAUGGAUGCCUGCUGCUGUGCUGUGGGUGCUGCCUGGGGCUCCGACUGUGAGGAGUGUCCAAAGCCUGGCACAAAGGAAUAUGAGUCUCUGUGUCCCAGAGGUCCUGGCUUUUCCAACAGGGGAGAUAUUCUAACUGGCAGGCCAUUUUAUAAAGAUAUCAAUGAAUGCAAGGUAUUCCCUGGUAUGUGCAUGAAUGGUAAAUGCAGGAAUACAAUUGGAAGUUUCAAAUGUAGAUGUAACAGUGGGUUUGCUUUAGAUAUGGAGGAAAGAAACUGUACAGACAUUGAUGAGUGCCGGAUCUCUCCAGACUUAUGUGGAAGUGGUACUUGUGUCAACACUCCUGGAAGCUUUGAGUGCGAGUGCUUUGAUGGUUAUGAAAGUGGGUUUAUGAUGAUGAAGAACUGUAUGGGUAAGUGUUGCCAGGAUGAGCUGGAGACCUUCCAUUUGCUCUGUACUGUACUCUGUACUAUACUAGCUCUAAUCCACUGAACACUUCAUAUGCAUAAUUAUUGUGACUUGAAAAAAAUGACCCAUGUCCCAUACAUAGGACAGAUAACUGACCUGUGUCAAGCUUUGCUUGUUCUUUUUGCUGAUUACAUUCACACAUUUCCGUAUGGCUAAUUGAGAUUGUCAGCAACUAUUCAUGUAG